AGCUCAAUGAGAGGUAUGAAUUUGAAUACCCAGCCUGAAUAGAACCAUACAUCACGAGCAAUUAAACAUCUUGCUUUAAGGUCACAUCUUAAAUCAUUUUUCUUACGCUCGUUACAGAAACACAUUACUGUUUUCGUGCAUACAUAGCAAGAUGGUUGGGAAAUUAGCAUUGGGACUCCUAUUUUUGGCGUGCAUGUGCCAUGCACGUAAAGUUCAAGAAGCUUACAUGUACCAUGGUAAAAUUGUUCACCAAGAACGUGAAGUAAAAGAUGAAGAAAGAAGAAGUGCUCCAGGAGAUUCCUCAGGUGCUAAACGACAAAUGUGUGGUCCACAAUGUUCUCCCUCCUCAUGUGCUCCCACAUGCAGUCCACAAUGUUGUACCACCAUCAUCCCAAUGCCACCUCCACCACCACCACCAUGUCCAUCUCCACCAUGCAUGCCCCCACCACCUUGCCCAUCACCCCCUUGCAUGCCACCACCGCCGCCACCCUGUGUCCCACCUGCAUGCCCGCCUUCACCAUGUACCAUGCAAGGUGGUUGCGGAGGUAUGGUAGGACCACCCGGCCCACCAGGAGCAAUGGGGGGAAUGGGACCUAUGGGACCUAUGGGGCCUAUGGGACCAAUGGGAGCAGCUGGUAUGCCAGGAAUGAUGGGUCCACCAGGACCAUGUGGACCAAUGGGACCUUGCGGACCACCAGGAAUGCCAGCACCUGCACCAAGACCAUGCGCACCUAUCUGUCUGCACUGGAUGGCUAUCAUUUCUCAGCAACAAGCUCAGUGUCCAACUCAAUGUCAACAAACGCAAUGCUGUGCGCCACCAAUGCAAGCUCCACCACCGCCACCACCACCACCUCCACCGAUGAUGGCAUGUAUGCCAUCCUGUGCGCCAUCAUGCUGUGGCAGAUAAAAUUAUCGAAAUUGGAUCACAGCCACUUUGAUACUGUUGAAGGCUGAAUUUUUUUAGUAUAUAACAUGCACAUAUGUUGUUUACAAAGACGCAACGGGUAUUUGAUUUUUCAGAAGCUGUUUUUAAAUUGUUAUGGAUCAAUUCACAUAGAAAGGAAAUGGGGGUAACCAAGGACGUCCCCGUACAUUAUCAUUAUCUGUAUGCUAGCAUCAGAUUCCAUCAUGCAUGAUUUUAUUAAUUUGUCAUUUUAAUAUUUUUAUUAGAAUUUAACAAGUAACAGUACUAACAUACUAAAAUAUAAUGUGAUAAUUUAA